GUGUCUAGCUUUGUGAAGAGAUUGCUCCUAGCCUCCAAGGCAAAUGCUCACAGACCAGGUUAGAUGGUACCCCACCCAACUGGGAAAUCUAAUUUUUGUUUAGAGUAUAGAUAGAAUCCAGUCUAAAAGACAAGCCUUUGCCUUAUAGGAAGACUCUCCUGUCCGUUAGAGUUUAAGGCAACUCAGCUCAUAAAGCAGAAAACUAGCUAGAGAGGUCCUGAUCGAAAUGGCUUCCCUGCCACAUGCCUUGAGGCCACCUUUGGCUAAUUUUUGGGAAACCAGAGUGUUUGGAGUCUGUCUGCUUUGGUUUUUUCUCCAAGCCCUCUUCCACCUCCUGCCAAUUGGAAAGGUAGUAGAAGGAACACCUCUUUAUGAUGGAAGAUGAUUAAAAUAUAGAUUAAACGGAUUCUAUGCUUUUAUUCUGACAUCUGUAGUCAUUGGAAUAUCUCUGUACUGGGGGAUGGAGCUCUACUAUGUGUAUGAUCAUUUCCUUCAGUUUGCAGUUGCAGCUACAGUUUUUUCUGUAGCCUUGAGCAUUUAUCUCUAUGUCCGGUCCUUGAAAGCACCCAAAGAAGAGCUAACUCCAGGAAAAUCAGGAAAUAUUGUCUAUGAAUUCUUUAUUGGUCGUGAAUUAAAUCCACGAAUUGGACAUUUUGACCUCAAAUAUUUCUGUGAAUUGCGUCCAGGAUUGAUUGGUUGGGUUGUUAUUAAUUUAAUAAUGCUCUUGGCAGAGAUGAAAGUCCAACAGCGUGAAACCCCCUCUUUAGCAAUGAUAUUGGUUAACAGUUUCCAGCUUUUAUAUGUGGUAGAUGCUCUUUGGAAUGAGGAAGCUUUGUUGACAACUAUGGAUAUUAUACAUGAUGGAUUUGGGUUCAUGUUAGCAUUUGGAGAUUUGGUGUGGGUGCCAUUUAUCUAUAGUCUACAAGCCUUUUAUUUAGUCAGUCAUCCUAACGAAGUUUCUUGGCUUUUUGCAUCCAUUAUUAUUGCUUUAAAACUUUCAGGAUAUACAGUAUUCCAUUGUGCAAACUCUCAGAAAAAUGCAUUUCGGAAAAAUCCCAAUGAUCCUAAUCUGGCACAUCUGAAAAUUAUUCAUACUUCAAGUGGAAAGAACCUUCUAGUGUCUGGUUGGUGGGGUUUUGUUCGACAUCCCAACUACUUGGGUGAUCUCAUUAUGGCUCUGUCUUGGUCUCUACCAUGUGGUUUUAAUCAUAUUUUACCAUAUAUUUACGUGAUUUAUUUCACCAUCUUGCUUAUUCACCGAGAAGCUCGCGAUGAACACCAGUGUAAGAAGAAAUAUGGUUUGGCAUGGGAAAAGUACUGUCAACGUGUGCCAUAUCGUAUAUUUCCGUACAUUUACUAAUAAGCUCUUUUGUUUUAGACUUUUAAAUGCUUCUGCAGUUGUAGCUUCCUUGCAAACAAAACACACCUCUUUUCUUCCCAUUGGGUUUGUAGGUAUUUUGUUUUUUGUUUGUUUCGUUUUCUAAAGAAAUGCAUUAUAGAACAGAUAGUCAUAAAUAUGUAAGAAAUAAGUUUGUCUAGUCCAGUUAGGUUUGUUCACCAUUUAGUCAGUGAAAUUAGCCAGAAUUUUCACAUAAUUUGUUUUAAUAAACUUAAGGGCAAAUAAAAUCAGAGUACAGAUAUUUGAAUUAGCUUUUUAAUGGAAAUUUUCCCAUUCCUAAGAUAUGAAAAGCGAACAGUCUUAUGGCGAAUGCACCAAACAGAAAUGAAACAUUUGAUUUCUGGACUAGGUUCCUAGCUUUUCAGAUUUACAUUUCUGGUUUGAACAGUUGAUCUCAUGAUCAAGCCAUUCUCUCAGCAGAAGGAGCUGAAGACUUUUGGCCUACCUCCUCAUUAAAUGUCCCCCAAUCAGGGUUGAGUUUCACUUCUCAGGAGUGUUCACUUUCAGAAAGGAUCUAAGGUGAUUCAGAGCUUUCCUUGGGGUCUUUGGUUACCAAAAGAAACCACUGACCAUCAAUUUAUUGAUUAUAGGCUGGCCUAAUUAAUAAAUUGAUUACUAAUUACCCAGAAACUGUCUCUUGGGGGGUUUUAUGGGUUAAAUGAGUUAUCCAAAAAUUAUCACAUACUUCCUCUUCAGAGACGACAUGUACACAUACA